AUGAUGAUUUCGAGUAUUGGAGAAUUUUUACUUCCUCGAAAAUUAGAUGACAGACAGAAAAAGCACACAUCAUUCUGGAUUUCGAUGUGGUCGGUUUUCGAUUUUUUAAUGGUUUUAUGCAUUUGCAUUGUUCAACUAUCGGCCAAAGGCGCAGUUACGAACACGCCGUGUACUAUUAUUGAUAAUUGCUGCGUUCGAAACAUGACCAACUUUUGGAAACACAAAACUGAGUUGCGCUGUUCAGAGAUCCAAAUCAUACCAGUUGUUAACGAGAUAAUACACGUUUUAUUGGAAUAUAAUAAAAUACACGUAGUAGAAAAUUGGGCGUUCAAUGGUUCUGAAAUAGCAAAACUGAGUUUGAGGGGAAAUUAUCUAGACUAUUUAUCUGAACACAGUUUUGAUGGAAUUUUAAACUUAAGGACACUAGACUUGUCACAUUCUUCAAUGAAAGUAUUACCGACAUCGGGAUUGAAGAGCUUAGAAAUACUUCGAAUCGAAAAUGCUCCUUCAAUGACUGUGAUGCCUUCAGUUUAUUUAUUUUCUAAUUUAAAAGAAGCUUAUCUCACGUACUCAUUCCACUGUUGUAGCUUUCAGUUUCCAGCUAAACACGAUUAUUCGAAAUAUGAAUUUCAUAAAGAAGGCUUACAAACUCCGAGCGAGUGUGUUCAAUCGAAAGAAAACAACAAUUAUGUAAAUUUGGUGACCGAUGAUUUUUUGGAAAAUGGUUAUAUUGAUUACGCSAACGGUAGUGAAGAAGAAUUUUUUAAUGAGCCGACCAUGACAAAUAGUACCCAGGACAUUAUAUGUGGCAACAUCACUCCGCCGACCAUGAGAUCUGAUGUUAAAUGUUGGCCACAACCGGACGCCUUGAAUCCAUGCGAAGAUAUAAUGGGUUUCUAUUGGCUUAGAGUGAGCGUUUGGCUUGUAGGAAGUGCAGCUYUACUAGCAAACGUAGUCGUGUUGACGGUGGUUUUCCGUAAAAAUUUUAAUCACUCCGUACCUAGAUUCCUGAUGAGCAAUUUGGCUUUCGCCGACUUUUGUACGGCCAUCUAUUUGUUGCUAUUGGCUUACGAGGAUCUGGUGUCUAGUGAAAAAUAUUUCAACUACGCAUACACAUGGCAAAACGGCGUCGGAUGCAAAAUUGGAGGUUUUUUGACAGUUUUCUCGUCUCAACUAUCAGUUUUCGCAUUAUGCUUGUUAACAAUUGAACGGUGGUAUUCAAUACGCAAGGCACUAUACACAAACAAAAUGACGUUCGCUUCAACCGUAAGAAUAAUGGCCAUUGGUUGGGUGUAUUCAAUUGUGAUGGCUACCAUGCCGUUACUGGGCAUAUCGAGUUAUUCUACUACCAGCAUCUGCCUGCCAAUGGACACCGCGCGCGCGAGCGGCAUGUGCUACGUGUUCACCCUGUUGGCUUUCGGCGCGGCCGCGUUCGUGUUGAUGCUGUUCUGUUACGUGCAGAUCUACAUGUCAUUGAGCUACGAGACCAGACACGCGGCAAAGGGCGAGGCGUCCGUGGCCCGCAAGAUAUCCGUGCUGAUCGGCACCAAUUUCGCGUGCACCGCGCCCGUCAUCUUCUUCGGCUUCACCGCGCUGCUCGGCUACCCGCUCAUCGACGUCACCAAGUCGAAAAUACUGCUHGUGUUCUUCUAUCCCAUCAACUCGUGUGCCAACCCGUUCCUCUACACCAUACUCACAGCCAGUUUCAGACGCGAAGCCUUCUCGACCGUCGCCAAGUGA